GCGGCGCCCCGCGGCGGGAGGUAAGGGCGGCCGCCGCCCCGCGCCCCGGCAGCCAUGCGGACCCUGCGGCCGCAGCUGGCCUCCCUGCUCCUUCUCGGCAUGGCGUUGGCCCAGCGGCAAGUGACAGUGCAGGAAGGGCCCCUCUAUCGCACGGAGGGCUCCCACAUCACUCUGUGGUGCAAGGUGAGCGGCUACCAGGGCCCAUCAGAGCAGAACUUCCAGUGGUCCAUCUACCUGCCCUCGGCCCCUGAGCGGGAGGUGCAGAUCGUCAGCACCGUGGACCCUUCCUUCCCCUACGCCAUCUACACGCAGCGCGUGCACGGCCGGGGCAUCUACGUGGAGCGGGUGCAGGGGGACGCCGUCCUGCUGCACAUCACCGAGCUGCAGGACCGGGAUGCCGGCGAGUACGAGUGCCACACACCCAACACCGACGAGAGGUACUUUGGGAGUUACAGCGCCAAGAUGAACCUCGUGGUGAUCCCCGACUCGCUGCGAGUGGCGGCGGUCUCACAGACCCUGAACAAAGUGGAGCAUGACUCCCUGGAGCUGAAAUGUGAAGUGUCCAAGAGCACAGCCCAGCACAGCCAUGUCUCCAUCGCCUGGUACCGGCAGCGAGGCAGCGAGGCGCCCGUGGAGGUCAUCUCCCUCAGCCGUGACUUCGUGCUGCGGGCCGGCAGCGCCUACGCCCAGCGACAAGCCACGGGCGAUGUGCGCUUGGACAAAGUUGGGGAGACCACCUCGAAGCUCACCAUCUACAACCUCCACCCAUCGGAUCAGGGAGAGUUUUACUGUGAGGCAGCGGAGUGGAUCCAGGAUCCAGACAAGUCUUGGUAUGCCAUGACCCGCAAGCGUUCCCAGGGUGCCAUCGUCAACGUGCAGGCCACCGACAAGGAGUUCAGUGUCCGACUGGAGACAGAGAAGCGGACGUACAUUGUAGGUGAGCCAGUCGAGUUUCGGUGCAUCCUUGAAGCGCAGAAUGUCCCCGACCGCUACUUCUCCAUCUCCUGGGCCUUCAACAGCUCCCUCAUCGCCAGCUUGGGACCCAACGCUGUGCCUGUGCUCAACAAUGAGUUUGCCCAACGCGAGGCCCUGGGCCAGCUCAAGGUAGCCAAAGAAAGUGACAAUGUUUUUGUGCUGAAGAUCUACCGCCUCCGCCUUGAGGACAGUGGCAAGUACAACUGCCGGGUGACUGAGCGGGAGAAGACCGUGACAGGGGACUUCAUCGAUAAGGAGAGCAAGCGGCCAAAGAACAUCCCCAUCACUGUCCUGCCGCUCAAGACCAGCAUCUCCUUGGAGAUUAUCAACAAUGCCAGCAAUGUCUUGGAGGGGGAGAGCCUGCGCUUUGCCUGCAACGUGCGCUCGGGCUUCGGGCCCCAAAGCCGCUUUUCCGUCGCCUGGCAGCUGGUGGACAAGCUGAACCGGCGCAGCGAGAUUGUGCGUCUGGAUCGGGAGGGCACCCUGCAGCCGGGCCCCUCGUAUGCCGAGCGCAGCAGCUACGGGGGCAUCCAGGUGGAGCAGGUCCGGCCCGGGGCCUUCACCCUGGAGAUCUUCAACAGCAUCAAGGCAGACGAGGGCCACUACGAGUGCCGGGUGGUCGAGUGGAUGCGGAUGCUGGAUGGGGAGUGGCAGAUGGUUGGGGAGCGGCACACGGGCACUCCAGUGUCCAUCACUGCUCUGGAGGCCGGCUUUGCCAUCACAGCUAUCUCCCGCACCCCUGGGGUGACUUACAACGACUCCUUCGACCUCCAGUGCAUCAUCAAGCCCCACUACCCGUCGUGGGUACCGGUGUCGGUGACGUGGCGUUUCCAGCCAGCGGGCAGCACAGAGUUUCACGACUUGGUCACCUUCACGCGUGAUGGUGGGGUCCAGUGGGGUGACAGGUACACGGGAUUCCGGACCCGCACCGCCAUUGAGAAGGCCGAAUCCAGCAACAACGUGCGCCUGAGCAUCAGCAGGGCAAGCGAUACCGAGGCCGGCAAGUACCAGUGUGUGGCUGAGCUCUGGAGGAAGAACUACAACAGCAGCUGGACGCGGCUGGCUGACAGAACCUCCAACUUGCUGGAAAUCAGGGUCCUACGGCCAGUGACCAAGCUGCAGGUUAGCAAGUCGAAACGGAGCAUCACUCUGGUGGAGAACCGGCCCAUUCCUCUCAACUGCUCAGUGAAAUCCCAGACCAGCCCUGACUCGCACUUUGCCGUGCUGUGGUACGUCCACAAGCCCUCUGACGCUGACGGCAAGCUCAUCCUGAAGACCACCCACAGCUCGGCCUUCGAGUAUGGCACCUACGCGGAGGAGGAAGGGCUGCGGGGCCGGCUGCAGUUCGAGCGCUCUGCGUCGGGGGGGCUCUUCAGCCUGACGGUGCAGCGGGCAGAGGUGCGGGACAGCGGCAGCUACUACUGCCACGUGGAGGAGUGGCUGCUCAGCCCCAACCACGCCUGGUACAAGCUGGCAGAGGAGGUGUCGGGGCGGACGGAGGUCACUGUCAAACAACCAGACAACCGCCUGCAGGUGAACCAGACCCACAAGAACAUCACAGUGCUGGAGAACCAGUGGGUGACCCUGGAGUGCCUGGUGAGCAGCCGUACCAGCCCCUCAUCGCAGCUGUCGGUCGAGUGGUAUGUCUGGCGGCCGGGCCACCCGGAGAAGGAGGCGGUGGCGCGGCUGAGCCGUCAGAACACUCUGCGCUACAGCGAGAUGGCAGCGCUGGGCGGCCUGCGUGGCCGCCUGCACCUGGAGAGCCCAGCCCCGGGCCUCUACCUGCUCUCCAUCCAAAACGCCACCGUGUGGGACAGCGGCAGCUAUGACUGCCGUGUGGAGGAGUGGCUCCUCGACCCCAGCGACCGCUGGUACAAGCGGGCAGAGGACCUCUCCGGACUCACCACCCUCACCGUUAAGCAGCCAGAUCCCACCUUGCAGGUGGACACGGCCACCGCUAACCUCACGGUGCAGGAGAAGGAGUCCUUCCUGCUAGACUGCAGCAUCUUGUCCCGCUCCAGCCCGGAGUCCCACUUUGCGGUGACAUGGUACAACGUGCGGGCCAAAGAAGCAGGCAGCCACGCAGAGGCAGAAGAGGAGGACGAAGGAGAGGAAGAGGAGCGGGAGGCAGUGCUGAGCGUGGGCCCCGAUGCCAUCUUCAGCCCGGAGGCGAGUCGCUGGGAGGGCCGGCUGCGCUUCCAGAGGCUCUCGGCUGUGCUCUUCCGGCUGACGGUGCUGCAGGCGGGCAGCGCCGACACCGGUAACUACUCUUGCCGUGUGGAGGAGUGGCUGGCAGACCCCAGCGGGCGCUGGUACCGGCUGGCGGAGGAGGAGUCAGGGACGGUUGCUGUACACGUGCAGGACACAGGCUCCACCCUGCAGUCUGUCAUCUGCUCCAACGAUGCCCUCUUCUACUUCGUGUUCUUUUACCCUUUCCCCAUCUUUGGCAUCUUGAUCAUCACCAUCCUCCUGGUGCGGUUCAAGAGCCGAAAUUCCAGCAAGAACUCAGAGGGCAAGAACGGGGUCCCCUUGCUGUGGAUCAAAGAGCCUCACCUCAACUACUCCCCGACUUGCCUUGAACCUCCGGUCCUCAGCAUCCACCCAGGAACCAUAGACUAAGGAGGCAGUGACUCCCCGGGGGGACACGCAGAGAGAGAGAGAAGCAGAGAGGCACCAGGAGCCCUAAGGAACAGUGGGGUUUGUUGUUCUUGUUUCAUUUCUUCCAGUGUCUGUGCUCUGUCACAGCAGCUGAGCUCUGACAAGGAGGUCCGAGGCAUCCCAUGGCUCCUCUGGGAAUGCAUCCCCUCAUCUCGACAGAGGGAGGGACCCUGCACUUGCUGUACAUAGCUGGUGUUCCUCUCGGAUUAGUUUCACUCCCAUCAGUUGCUGUGUACUUUGGGACGUUACCUUGUUUUGUUGGCAUUUCUUUUUCGGUCACUCCAAGAACUGUAAGGCUUCCCCUUCCCUCCACAUAGCGAGGAGAUCCCAAGGGGUUUUUGGUCUUGGGACAAUCUCUUUGGAAGUAAAUGUACAUGUUUUCCAAAACAGACUGUGGUUUUCCUCCUCAGACUUGGUGCCACAGUGAAGAAGGUCUUUUUCCGAGGUGUGCUGAGCUAUCUCCUCCCCCUUCCAAAAGGGAUAAAGCCAGGCCCACCUCCUGAGGGAUUAUCUGGGCUAUCAGGAGGUCCAUUUCAAAGACUGUCUGUAGCCUCAGCAUCUUCUUGCCUCCAUUGUACUGUUCUCCCCAGGAGGGGCAAUUCACCUUUCGGGAGCGCUCCCUGGUCUUGGAGAGACAGAAUGUUCAGCGUGCUUGCAGUCAGGACAAAAGUGAUUUAGUUUGUCUUCAAGAACUGAACGGGGGAAUGGAAGGAGGAUGCCUGAAAGCCCUGACUUUCUUGGUAGCAAAGAGGGUCCUCAUACAGUCCAGCUUACCAGAGCCAUGCUUCUCCCUGGUGUCCAUGCUGCCACCUCUGACGAAGUGGGUCCCCUCUGUGCCCCAGUCACCUGAGGAGGCUGGAUCCAGUCUCUGCAGACUUCAACAUGACCAAAGUAAUGACUCUAGAAAGUGGGAAGAGGCGAGCUCCACCGUCAGGUUCACAUCCCCUGAAUGGUCCAAGCCAAGGAGCCCAGUCGCAGCCACGCCACACAGCAGGGACAUGCCGUUAACUCCUGUGUCAUGAGUUUCCCUGUGGCUUGCAUUACUUCCCUGUGUGAGCUGGGGUGAGGCAUGGAGCCUGCGCUGCAUCUGCGCCCUAGGGGCUUCCCUGUGGGCCAUCAGAAAUCUUCCCCCCGUCUGUCUGUCUGUGUGUGUGUGUGUGUGUGCACAUGUGCAUGCACGUGUGCAUCUGCCGGUUUUCCUUCUUGGGGCUUUAGGAUGAGAAACUGUUUCUCCAUAGGCUCCCCCUCCUGGCAAAGUCACCUGCUCUUGUCAUAGGCUGUGGCAGGAAAUGCUGUUCUUUCUGUGAAAGAUGUGGCUGUCGCCAACCAAACCAGGGCUCUCGCUGUGUGGAGCACCGGAGCUCCCAUAGCGCCUGAUGCCAAGUACCCCUGCCCUGUCCCGUGGAGGAAACCGUCUCCUCCCUCAAACGCCCAAAGCGGUACGUCUGGCAGAAGAAAAUGUUUGCCAAAAACAGCCUUUUGUGUCUUCCUUGAUGUCUUCCUGGCAAACCCGGCCAUUUAUUUUUUGCAGCAUGGCUGAAGCCAAACCGGGGGCAAAUGGGCACAGCUGCAAGACACUCCUCCCCUGGCCUCACGUGAGAGAGGUGCUGUACUCACAGCCGUUGUCCUCUUCAAGAGGGUUGGACUGUUCUUUGUGAGGAGAAGGGGACCUCAGCAGAUGCUCUGUAGCACUAGUUGAUUAGACUAACUGGAUGGUUGGAUGUCUCAGAGAGGGUGAAGCCUUGGGUAGGAGAUCUGCACCAUGCAUCCCAUCUCCCACCUGGGAGUGGACUCACAUGGCUGUGGACCAUCUCCUGUACCCGGGCACUCAGAGUCAGCCAGCUAUGCUCCUCCACCAGGGCACUGGUUUCUCCUUCUGCUGGGAAGCCCUUAUUUCGCUCAUCCCUCUGCAAAGUCUGCCUCCUCAAGACAUAACUGCUUGCUGGCCCCAGCAUAUGCAUAAUAUCACGCUCCUAUAUAUGUAUCUAUGUAUCACACACCCACACACUUGUCUUCCCUUUCUGAAUAAGGCGUCUGCAACAAGAGGAGUGGGACGAGAAGUGAAUGGAAAUGAAGAACCGAGGCACUAACAGCAGCAGCUGCAGGCAGCGGGUAUUGUUUCAUAAAUGUAGUCCCUCCUGUACAUACUGCUCCUGGGCAAGAACUGCAGCUCAUUUCAGCUUUAAAGGAAAAAAAAAAAGAGAAAACUGAGUCACUGGGAGCCGUUCCUUCCUGGGAGAACACUGCACUGUGUCUGAGCCACGCCGCUCCUCGCCAGCCUGCCUGCCCCAGCGCAGCGCUGUCCCGUGGCCCUCUCCUCCCGGACGAACCGGGUCCCUUGCCAGCCCAAUGGGUCCUGCACCAAGCCCAGGCUCUCCCGGGAAGCAGCUCCCACGGUGGCCCCUGAAUGUACCUUUGCCAGUGACAUUUCUCCGUAGCUCUGGCAGUGGAUUGCCCAGUCUCGAAACUUGUGUUUUUAUAAGGCAGACUCUUCCUGUAACGAGUUUUAACACCAAGCUUUUCAAACCACUCUCUCUGCUGAAACUUUAAGGAACCCGAGAAGAAAGAGAGAUUCCCUGUCCAUGCAUGAUGUGGAAAAAUGUUUGGGAUUUUUUUUUAAAAAAAGCAAACAACAAAACCUUUGUACUAUGUUGCACUAAAACAUGUUUUAUACAACACACCUGAGAGCUGUAGUAAACUGUGUUGAAAUUGUG